AUGGGGAGAGGACCCCCGUGUUGCGAAGAAGAAGUGGACGGGGAGAUUGACGCGGAGUACCAGAAUUUAGAAGAGCUAGAGGGAAGAAAAAAAAUGAAUGUUCAAGGAAAAAACAGAAAGGGGAAUACGCACUACAAUGAUAAGAAGGAAUACAUCGAGAAGGUAAAGCGCCUGAAGGAAAAAAAAUAUUUUGGAAAUAAAACGAUAGGUAAUAGGUACAGCUAUAUAUACCUAAUAAACCAAAUAUUCGGAUCAGGAAUUGUGUCCAUCCCAUAUGUGUUUAAAAGUUCGGGAUGGCUACCUUGUCUAAUCACAAACAUUUUCAUAUGCGUCUUAACCAUUUUUAACACCUUACUUUUUCUACGAGCGAUGACCAUGAUCCCGAAUAAUAUCCAUUUUAAUAAGAGGUACGAGUACAUCUCCACAGUGUGUUACUUCUUGGGGAAGAACAACAUAUUCUUUUGGCUGAUGCAGAUGUGCUACUACGCCAGCAUUUUGGCAAGCAACAUCAUAUCGAUAGUCAUAGUUUCCCACGCAAUGGAUUACAUAAUAAUAAAUGCUGUGGGUUACACGGUAGGGUUUACUCUGUACCCGAAUUUUCAAAUAAAAUACUUCCUAGACAUAAGCGAGUUAUACUACAGCAAGAGUUAUGUGCUGUGCAUAACGCUGGGGUAUGUAAUCAAUGCGAUUAUAUCGAUUUAUUUCUCCCAAUCCAAUUUGGAAGACAACAUGAAGAUACAGCUUCUGUCCUUCCUAUUUUUGAUGAGCACCAUUUUUCAAAUGAUUUUCUUAAGUGGACUUAAAAUAUAUCGCUACAAGGCCAGUGGGGCCAUAAUCAAUAAGGGCAUAAAGAAAUACACAAAUAUAAAAUAUCCCACCGCUUUUGGAGAUUUUAAUUUCAGACAACUUCUCUCAUCAUACAUUUCUUCCUACUCAGCAGUGACAGUAAUUCCAUGCUGGGCAAACGAAAUGAAGUCAGACGUAAAAAUUAUCAAAACGGUUUGGGUGUCCAACUUUUUCUGUUGCUUUGUUUACUAUAUAUUUGGGUACAUAUUAUGUACAGCUUACCCUGACAUUAACAAUGACAAUAUAUUGUACUACAUUUUGCAAAACCCUUUUAUAAACACUUACAUGAAAAUCUGUAUAUACCUAUUUGACUUGUUAACCAUUGCCCCGGGAAUAUAUGUCUACUGCAUAGCUACUCGGUACAAUUUAAUCAAUAGUAAUAUUUGCUCUGAAAAGAUUGCUUUCAUUUUUGGAACCAUUUUCCCCUUUUUAAUUUCCUGGUUUUUUACCUCCAGGGCUAUUUUCGAAAAUGUCUUCACUUGGUCCAGCCUGAUUUUCUCCUAUGUCUGUAAUUUUAUCACCCCAUCUAUUAUAUAUCUCAUAGCUUGUAAGAACAUUCCCUACUCUGGCAAGAAUCCCCUGCACCAUAUUCUUGUACUCUACGACCCGAAGCAGCACAAAAGAAAGAAGCCCACUUAUGGUUUCUCCUACCCACGGGAUGAUUGUGAGCGGGGGAAGAAAGUGACGACUUGGAACUCCUACAAAGUAUGCACCGAAGACAAAUCAAACAGUUGUGCAGCAAAAUAUGACGCACGAACCAUGUUGGAUGAUACUCCCCCGAAGAACUCCCCGAAUGAAGCGCGAGAAUGCUUACUCCCGCUACCGCAUAACCAGAGGGGCUACCUCCAUUUGGGGGGGAGGAACUAUAAAGCUGCCAAUGUAGAGGCAAAAUAUCAAGGGGAGGUCCACCCAACAUGUGACAGGCCGGUAUAUUUAAGCGGCCCUCAUGUGAGUGCCCCAUAUGGGACAAAUGCGAAACCACCGAUGGUCUACACACAGGAAGAGAGAUAUAACGAAAUGGUCGGACCUCGGGGGAAUCUUCCGUACAAACUUCUCCCUCGCGACGCGGAGGAACCAAUGGGGAUAUCCCGCAGGGACGACUUCGUAGUGCAAAUAAAAGCACAACCUGGAGAAAAUCCACGUAAGGGAAAACACCACGCACAGAUGCAAAGAAAAAAGAGCAUCUCGUUCCAGGUCAAUAGCAACCCCACAGAUGUAACUACAGAUGGUACAUAUAUCCUAGCGGAUAGAGAGAUCCCCUCAGAAGUGGACGAACCACUGCCACAAAAUGAGCAGAGUUACCACACCAAACAAGACGACGAGAAGGGGAAAAAAAAUCCAUGCGAAUUCCACCGUCGAAGGAAAAGCAGCACGGAGAUAUUCGAAUUUCGCAAGUACAGCUCCCUCUUCAAUAUGAAAUCAAACAGCAUAAAUAAGAACAACCCUAAGGCGAAGCAAAGUCUACCAAGCAACGUUAGAAAAUUGAGGAAGCACAAAACGGUCAUGGGUUUUGAAAAGGAAAAUAAAAAAAACAAAAGAAUUUCUAUAAAAAAUGAGCAACAAGAAUGGUCCGACUAUUCAGACAUCACCGAUAGUGAACUUUUAAAUGAUAAAAUAAUAGCAGACAUGUCAAGGGACAUUUACAACGAUAUCAGAAUAAUCAAAAAUAACUACGAAAGGGAUGAAUACUUGAUUAAAUAUUCGGACAUUUUUGAUUCCUUUUUGAAUUUGAAACAGAUGCUGGAGGGCAGCUCCGACGGGGAAAAGGCUUGCGAUGUGUGCAAUGUGCACGAUGUGCGCGAUGUGUGUGAUGUGUGUAACGCACGCCAUUUUUACAAUUUUGACAGCACCGGGAAGGGACUCUCGCUGGAGCUUACUGCGCCGAAUGGAGGGGAGCCCCCCCCCGGCAGUUUAGCGGUAAUUGCCUUCGCGUAUACCUAUGAUGCUCGUAACACAAGGGGGGAAGCGCUGCCGUGUAGGAAUCUUCCAACUGGGAAACAGCAAAUGCCCGAUGUGGAACAGGGGGGACACUGGACGAAUCGUAAGCCCUUUCGAGGAAAGACAACGACGGUGAAUUAUCAAACAAGAGAAGAAGACAAGGAAAACGAUUCAUACCAACAAGUUAGAAUAAAAACUACACAAUUGGACACUAAACCAAGAGGAGAUAACCCGGAUGGGGAAGAAAUGAAAGAAGUACAAAUUGACCUGCCCUCAAAUGAUAUAUAUGAAGGAAAAUUAAGUAAUGAUUUAAAAAAAGAUUUUCAUGUAUUCAUUAACGGAAUAAAUAAUAAGCAAAAUUUAACCUGGGCCUUCGAUGGAAAUAAAAAUGAAGGAAGACAAAAUGCUUUGCCAAAUAGUAACAUCCAUGUGAAUGUGUCCAACGUGGAAAAAUCUUUCCAUUCAAAUGAUGCUAUAAGUUCCUCCUUCAGAAAAUCCAAAAGUGAUAUUUAUUCUUACCCCCUGAAUUUAUGUAAAAAUGAACAUGGCAUGGACGAUUAUGUGGAUGAAAUAAAUGGCAUCAUCCUUUUGAACAAGUUACAUUCUCGGAGCAACUGCCCCAUCAAGCACAAACCGAGUGAAGAAAGUGUGCAUACCUUUUUGCAAACCAAAAGUGCCGGCAAUUAUGCAAGCUGCAAAUUCAUAUCUUUUCCCAGUGACGAAAAGGGGCAUGUUCAUUUCGAACAGAUAAAUGAAUUGGAGGAAACCAAAGAAAGGGAGAAGAAAAACGAAACUGAAGAUACGCAAAAAAAUUUUGAAACAAAUCAUCAAAUAGUUACCCCCCUGGGGAACGCAAAUUACUCCCAAGUUGAUGUUACACCUCAUUGCAUUAACAUGAACAAGUAUGAAACAUUUCCCAAUUUAGUACACAACAGAAAAAGAAUUCCACCACAAAAUGGUGAUCAGGAGGGAUAUGAAGACAAACAAGAUUGCCAAUCAAAGGACAGAAUCUUGCACUUCCAAAAUUCGUUCAAUCGAAAAAGUAAAAUGUACAAAGAUGUGAACACACUGUCCGUGCCCGACAAUGUGUACAAUGUGAUUCCAAAAAUUAACAAAGGAAAUAGCUACAGCAACUUCGAUGACACCAUAAAUAACAUAUUCAAUUAUUACAAGUACAACUUUUUGCUCUCCUUCAGUGAGAAGAAUAAGAAAAGGGGGAGUUUUAGCAAAUAUAAACAUUCUAGAAAUCCUCAUUGGGUACACAACCAAACCAAGAUGGACGGCGAAGGAGGAAGUGACCGAAGUGAGGGUCAGCGUCAUCAUCAGCGUGAGCGUGACAAUGACUUCCCAAAUGACGGCUGCGAUAGGGUAUACGCCCAAAGCAUCCAAGAGGGAAACACAAAUUCGUCCGAUCCCACAAAUGACGAUGUUGUUUCCUACAGUGACAACAACGAGGGGGAAAAUAUGCCAAAAAAAACCUUUUCCACUCCUAAUUCUAAGUUAAACUAUUUGAAGAAAUUUCAUGCUGAUGAAAAGACGGAACCAUUACUUAUGGAUCACCAGAAGGAAAACCACUACGAUGAAUUGCCAACAAUUAAUUUGAUUUGUCCAGAGAAGCCUUUGCAUGGGUAUGAGGAUGCUUACCAGAUUGAUGACUACGUCAAUGGAAAAAUUAAUGAAAAUAUUAUCCACGUCUAUCCCUCUAGGUACCUACGAAUCAGGCAUGUAAAAAUUACUGAGGUGCUCCUAUUCGUUGCAGUGCUUCUGCUGCUCAUUUCAGUGUUGUAUGAUUUUUCUUAUUAA